GUUAACAGAAGAAACCGCCGGCUUCAGGCUGAUCACUGCAGCAACCUCCGGCUCUCUACACUCAGAAAUGACUUCGAAGCGUUGCCAAUUUCUCCGGCUAUUCGGCUACGACUUGGUAUUAGGAUCGAUAGCUGCGUUUUACGUGUUCACUGUACCUUACACCAAGGUUGAAGAAAGCUUCAAUGUUCAGGCAAUGCACGAUAUUCUUUACCAUCAGCAUCACUUAGAUAAUUAUGAUCAUUUGGAGUUUCCUGGAGUUGUUCCUCGUACCUUUAUCGGAGCUUUCCUUGUUUCAAUGUUAGCAUCCCCUUUAGUAUUUGCAAUUAGCUUUUUGCAGUUGCCCAAGAUUUAUGCACUUAUUGGCGUUCGUCUGGCUCUUGGUGGCAUUGUCUUGUAUACAUUAAGGUUUUUCCGUAUUCAGGUUAGAGAUAAAUUUGGUCAUCAAGUAGAAGCUUUCUUUGUCAUAUUGACUGCUAUUCAGUUUCACUUGCUGUUCUAUUGCUCACGCGCUCUUCCCAACAUACUAGCUAUGAGUGUAGUUAACGUGGCCUAUGGAUAUUGGUUCAGAGGGAAUUUUUAUGCAGCAUUAAACUCUCUGAUUUUUGCUACAGCUGUCUUCAGAUGUGAUAUGGUGUUACUUUUGUGCCCCCUUGCCUUAGAGCUUUUGCUGACCAAACGUAUAUCAUUGCGGGGAGCUAUUAAAUACUGCUCCGGAGUUGCACUGUUAUCCAUAGGCCUUUCAGUAUUGGUUGAUUCAAUGAUGUGGAGAAAAUUAUUAUGGCCUGAAUUUGAAAUUUUUUGGUUUAACUCUGUUCUGAAUCGGAGUUCCGAAUGGGGUACACAUUCUUUGCACUGGUACUUCAGUUCAGCUCUCCCACGCUCGCUACUUGCUGCAUAUCCUCUUGUUUUGUUUGGAGUGGUGCUUGAUCGGAGGCUUCUGUUGUAUGUUUUUCCAGUUUUCUCUUUCAUUUUACUUUACUCUAAGCUUCCGCACAAGGAACUGCGAUUUAUUAUCAGUUCUGUUCCAAUGCUCAACUUAUCUGCUGCAGUUGCAGCGAACAGAAUCUAUAACAAUAGAAAAAAGACAACAUGGAAGUUUCUCAAUCUCGUAAUGCUGGGAUCUUUUUUGAUCAGUUUAGGAAGCACUUUCGUGUUUUUCUUGGCAUCAUAUAACAAUUAUCCGAGCGGUCAUGCUCUAAAAGCUUUACAUCAGACGGGCCAGCUUGCCGAUAUGGAUGAAAAGUUGGUUCAUAUUGAUACUUUUUCUGCCAUGAGUGGAAUAUCCAGGUUUUGCGAAAAUGACUAUCCUUGGAGAUAUUCCAAAGAAGAAGGGAUUUCUCUGAAUGAAUUCCGCGACAGAAAUUUUACGUACCUUAUCAGUGAGCACUCUGCAAUUGAUGGAUUCAAGUGUUUAUAUUUUGUAAAUGGCUUCUCAAGGGCUCGCCUCCAACUUGGUUUCCCACCCAUCAUCCUGGUCAAAGUACCCAAGGUAUAUAUUCAUGGAAAUACAAAAUUAAAGGACGCCAUGCAACUAAAAUGGCCAGGAUGCUCUUGAAUAAUUUUAGAUAAAGCUUGAGCAGUUGAUUGAGGGAUAAUACGAAGACGAUGCGCGCCUGUGGUGAAGCUAAAAAGUUUUCAAAGGAAGCAAUUAUGUCAAAUGUUAACAUCUAAUCCUCUUGAAGUUGAAUAGUUGCUUGUGAGUGUGAGCAAGUGUGCAUUUGUCGCCAUACUGUAAUAUGCGCAAAAAUAAUAGGUUUUGUACCAUCGUGAUUUUGGCAGCUAAAAUUGUGACACAAAUUGAUUUCAUCUGAAAUACAGUAAUAGCUGUAAGUGACAAA